AUGGAGGACGACGAGGACGCGGAGCUGGCCGAGGCGCUGCGCCUCUCGCUGGCCGGGAGCGCGCCGGCGGCGGAGACGGCGGACGAGGACGAUGACGCCGAGCUGGCAGAGGCCCUGCGCAUGUCCAUGGGCGGCGCCGACCCCGAGGCGAAGCGGCCCAAGGUCGCCCCCCCCGCGCCGAUGACCGACGCCGACCUGGCGGCGCAGCUGGAGAAGGAGGACGAGCCGCUAGUGGAGGUGGAGUUCGAGCGUUUCCGGGGUGAGGACAAGCUGAUCACAGACGAGUCUGUCAAGGAAAUUAACAGCUUCUGCGAGCAGACCGGCGAGCAGUACGUGGACCCCCAGUUCCCGCCGACCAGCAGGUCCCUCUACAUCCUCGAGCAGGACGCCGCCACGUGGCAGUGCUUCCGCUGCCACAGCCGGUCCCCGCUGCCGCCGGUGCCGCCCAGGCCCACGACCGAGGAG